CCAACGGUGCCUUGCAGAAGCUUCCAACUGCCUUUCUCUUGCCUCUGUUACGCAGUUCGGUCAUUUCUACAGACUUAAUCUGAGAUCUCUGAAGGCUAGUCUGGCUUAAAACUACCAGUUUCAGCGGCUUGCAUUUUUCUCUUCUAUUUGGGUGGGGAAGAUUUUUCAGUUUUCUCUUAGAGAUACUUUCCCUUGUGGGGCAUGAUAGUGUGUGCCUCUUUGUAGAAGGAUCCCUGUAUGCAGAAGUAGAGGCGCUGGCCUCAGGCUCCUCCACUUCCUCUUGGACAGAAGACGCUGAGCAUUUUUUCAGGAAGUGGUCACCCCAGUGGUCCCGGGCUUUCUCAGACUUCCUGAAGCUCUCUACACGGUGAAUCACAGUGAGACAGUGGCAGCAGGCACCACGGAAGGGACCCUCAAAUCUGAAGGCUCAAGGUCCUGGGAAAAGAUGAAGUGGAGCAUGCCCUUUGUUUCCUACUAUUAGAUGCUGAGUGUUGGAAGUUCUUCCUAGGGUUCACAAAAAAACUCCUGCCCAUCUUCCACUUACUUUUUCCUGGAAAACACAACUUAUUUCACUGGCAGAAAAGAUCUCCGCUGUUAAAGUGAGGAGCCAAGCUGUUCCCAAAGAUCAUGAACCUGUCUUCUGAGCACUGCAGCAGAUCAGAUUGGCUGAGGCUAGAAGCAACAGUGAAGGCCUCUGUCUAUGUGUUCACCUUCUCCUUUGCCACAGUCAUCACUGUCAUCAUUAUGGCAAUAGUGUCACAGAAUUCAAAGCUGCGGGGAGAGGCCCGAUACAUCCUCCUUUGCCAGCAUCUGCUGUGCAUCUCUUCCUACUGUGGCCUGGGGAUCCUUUUCCAAGGAAUGCCGGCACUCCUGGCCAACAGCCCCCUGCUGAUAUGCUGGGUGGUGUUUGGAGCCAAGCUGAGCGUUGGAGAUGGGAUUCUCUUCACGCUGGCCUUGAUGGCUCUCAACACUUACAUGGCGAUUUGCUGGCCACUGAGAUAUCUGUCCUUUGUAGAUUCAGUUAAGUAUAGGAUUCUGGCUGGGACUUGGAUGACCAUUAUGCUCAAGAAUGUUUGCUUGUUCGUCAUAGAGGGCACUAAACCCACUGUGAUUGCAGUUUUAAAAUUGGAACCCCUUUGCCCUGUGAUCUUGAACGGCACUCCUGCCAGGGCCACUGGCAUGGUUUUUAUUUUCCUUCUUUUGUCUAUCAUUCUUAUAAGCUACUCUCUGAUAUACCACAAAGGAAAACGGACUGGCCAUUUUAAUAGGUCAAAUAUCAAAGCAAGGAAAACAGUCCUUAUUCAUUUAGUGCAGAUAAGCUUACAUAUCAUACCACCCCUGAUAUUCAUAGGUUUGGGGAAGGUGUGUGGGGUAUUUUUCUUUGCUUUGAAUCUGGUGGUUUUUGGCAUUUUUGCAUUUGCCCAGUGUUUUAACUCUCUGAUCUAUGGGCUCUGGAAUAAAGAGCUGCACAGCAGAUUACACCAUUGGAUGUGUUUUCAGUUAUGGUGUGGUCACACUGCGAACAGCAGAGGGCCAGUUUAGAAAAAAAUCAGCCAUUUGGAUCAAUAACUUUAGUCCUAAUGGUUUCAUCAGCUAAGGCUGAGGUCCUGUCUUUCACUCAGCCUAAAAUUGGUGCCUUCAUUUGAUUUUGAAAGCAAUAUGAGUAAGUCAAAGUUAUUUGUUUGGCUUACAAACUUGACUACUGCGUACACUGAAUUGGCCUCAGUGAAAUCCUUUUAAUGUCUUUAACUUUAAACCCAGGCCAGUGUUUUUAGUAGUGUGCUCUACUGCGUUUGAGCAGUUAGGCAGAUCUUGGGGAUAUACUUGUUUUUAGAAACUGAGAAAUAGUCCAUGGUUAAUGCGAAGGGAAGAAGUUUGGCUGUUUCCAUUAUACUAAUUAAGGGUAGAUUCAGCUGCAGAUAAUAAAAAUACAGCAACAAAAUAACAGUGGCUUCAAAAAGUUAGAGAUAUAUAUUUUUUUUCCUUUUUCUUUAAGACAGGGUCUGGCUGUGUCACCUAGACCUGAGUGCAGUAGUGCAAUCACAGCUCACUGCAACCUCGACCUCCUGACCUCAAGUGAU